AUGCCCGUCAUGGGAGCUCCCUCACUUCUGUUUCUGCUCCUACUGAGCCCGAGCCUGGGGGAAGACACAGUGGCGGAGGACAUGGGUGUUCACCAGCUGGGUCGUCUGGUGGAGCUGCUGACCUCAAGGGAGUGUGAGGACCUCCUCUCUGCCCUGUCCCACCCAGAGGAUAACAUAUUCCAGCAGCUGGACCAUCUCUCACUGGAGAACAACCAACUGGACCUCCAGAAGAGAGUCAAGAGAGACACUGGUACUGCAGCGAACAGCGAGGCUCAGUGCCGGACAGCUCUGACAGACUGGCUGCUGAAGCACGGAGAACAGACGUACUACGACAGGCUGUCUCGCGCCCUGCAACACAUCGGAAGGACAGACAUUGCCAUAGAGGUGGGGAAAAAUAUCAACCAGGACAAAACCCUGAGUAUGAAGAAGUAUGUGGAAGAGUACCAUCAGAGAGUCAACUCCAUAGAGUCUCCCCUGGUCCAGUCAGAGACAGAGGAACAUCAUGUAGACCCAAAGCCCCAAGCAAGGCACGUGAAGGAGCUGAUAUGGAGUGACCUGGAGCUGGUUGUGGAGAGGGCUCCUGUCCAGCAGUACCAGCGACGUCUACUGGACGGGGCGUGGCCCCUGGUCUACGGAGUCCUGCUAGGCUUUGCCGGGACCUUCCUCAUGGGGGUACCCGUCCUCCUCUUCCUCCUGUACAUCUCCCGGGGCGACCAGAGGAAGCUACUCUGCCGCUCCUACAAGACCAGGGGUCCAUCAUCAUCAUCACGUGGUCGCUACAGUCGCUCCAGACAUAAACACAUGGCUGGGGCUGGAGAUGUGACAUCAGCAGAAAUGGCUCCUCUAAAACCCAUUACGUCACAUGGAAAGGUCAAGGGAUUCAAUCCAGGGGCUGCAUUCCCUCUCUCCAAGUCAAGACAAUGA